UCUAGGAUAUGCACCCCGGAAAGGGCAGGGUAGGGGUGAGGUGGAACCUCAGGGCGCUCCACAGUAGGGACGUCCGUUGGGAGCACCGGGCCAAACCCGGCGCCAUAGUGUUAACUUUCAGUUGUUUCCAGCGCCUUCUCCCAUUUACUCUGGCUGCACGGCUCACAGUGGGCGGGCUGCGGGGCAGAUUUCCGAGAAUGUUGCGUAGGAGUGGAGAGGCCUGGAUUUCGCCUCACGGUCAGCGAUGGUGUCUUAUACGAGGAGAGAGGAGCAGAAAACUGUGCUUGCCAGAGGGAAUUCAGCCCGCAAGGUCAAUGACGAUCGUGGGUGCGUGGGGACUGGUGAAAUGGUUCCACUCCCCACUAGAAGUCGCCAAGAACUUGACUUCUCAGAGACGACAGCCCAAGGGCGCUUCCCACAUCUGUUGCUGCGACUGUGGGGAAGACGGAAGAGGGACGGAGUGUUUCCCUGGACCGCAGGGACUUGCCCCGCCAGCGACCCGGAACCUUCGGGACCCGCGGGCCAAGAAAAAACCUUUCCCUUGCUUUCCUGCCGGGGCUGCAGAAGCCGGGCGAAUUCAGCAGGAGGUAGGGCUCCAGGCGCCAGGACCUCGGCUAAGGGCGCAGUGGCCACCCAGAGAGGGCGCGGACUCCCACGGGCUCCUGUGGUUCCCGCCCACUCUCCAGCGAGCGCUUUUGUUCCCUGAGCGUGCCCUCGGGAUAGACAACCCUUACCCCAGCCAUCGACGACGGAGAGCCCAGUGCCUGACCCGGCAGCCUGAAGCCCGAGUUGCUCCUGGCAAGGUCCGCCAAUAACGGGUAGGAGCCACGACUCCGGGUUCAG